CAGGUGCCUGCCAUGGCAUCCUCUCUGAAGGCCUGGGGUGUGCUUGCUCCCCUGCUGUGCCUGCAGCUCAGCCCAUGUGCACAGAGCUCCUCCAGGCGGGAGUUCUUGGAUCAACAUCACCUAAAUACAGACAAAGGAUUCUUUUUAUACAGCUGCGAUGCCCUCAUGACAGAGAAAGGCCUGAAACCCAAGAGCUUACACAUAUUUGUUUAUAUGCCAUGGUACAAAGUUGAGCACACAUGUAUUAGCGGCAAUUGGAAAUAUCGCUACAAAAACUCCUAUGUCUGGACUCAGACUCCCGUUAAGGUACUCUAUUGCUAUUGGGAGAAAUUCAAAAAGAAAUAUACAGAGAUAAGAAACUACAACUAUGUUCAGUUCCAUUGUAACGCAGAUGGGUAUGUUGAUGGCAUAGAGGACAUGAUGUUGAUGGAGCCCAUCUUAGCCUAG